UCCAGACCUUGGUCUACCUAGUGCAUCCAAACAUGUCGGCAAUCGCAGCCGCUACGGCUGUUCUGAUAGGUGCUUCAGCUUUUAUGCUGCAUUUGUCCUUACAUAUGAUCGAUGAGGGCCACGUCGGUGUGUAUUAUCGAGGUGGGGCUUUACUGAAGGAAACGAGUAACCCGGGCUAUCACCUCAUGCUACCGGCCAUCACCUCAUACCGUUCCGUACAAACGACGCUGCAAACGGACGAGGUAAAGAAUGUUCCGUGUGGAACAAGCAGUGGUGUGAUGAUCUACUUCGACCGUGUAGAGGUGGUCAAUUUUCUUGAUGCAGACCGCGUGUAUGAAGUGGUGAAGAGGUACACGGUCGACUAUGAUCGUGCGUUGAUUUUCAACAAGGUGCAUCACGAGUUGAAUCAAUUCUGCAGCGGUCAUUCGGUUCAGGAGGUCUACAUCGACUUGUUUGACAAAAUUGAUGAAAACCUUAAGACUGCACUUGAAAAAGAUCUGGGUUCUAUGGCGCCAGGUUUGCACGUGCAUGCCGUUCGAGUGACUAAACCCAAGAUACCAGAGGGGAUUAAAUUGAAUUAUGAGAAGAUGGAAGAAGAGAAGACAAAGCUGAUGAUUGCACAGCAGAAACAAAAAGUUGUCGAAAAGGAAGCAGAAACGGAAAGGAAGAGAGCUCUCAUUGAAGCAGAAAAAGUUGCACAGGUAUCCAAAAUUCAAUAUCAGCAAAAGGUCACUGAGAAGGAGAGUCAGAGGCAAAUCUCACGUAUUGAAGAUGAGUCUCUUCUUGCAAGGCAAAAAGCAAAAUCUGAUGGAGAAUUCUAUAGCGCACAAAAGCAAGCAGAAGCUAACAAAUUGCUUCUAUCACCAGAAUAUUUGGCAUUGAAGCAGUAUGAAGCAAUUACCACAAGGUCAAAAUUGUACUUUGGACCUAGUAUACCUAAGUUUUUUGUGGACAACAAUCUUGCCAGUAUGGCUAUGGCAGCUAGUGAAGUAAAUAGUACUUCAGAAGACAUUAGUGAGCUUAAUUAAGUAGCUAAUGUGCAGCAUGUGUGCUUGUGAGUGUAAUUGUGAGUGAAAUGUGAUACUGUGAUUUGAUUGCCAUGGAUGCUGUUUGUUGAUUUUAAUGUUCUCAAAACAAGCUACCAGUAUUGCUGGAACACAAUUUUUCUGUUCUUAGUCGGCUUUUGAGCAAGCAAAUAAGAUAAUUUCUGGACCUUGAAAUAUUAUUUAAUUGAAA